AUGCUCAGUCAGCCCCUGCCCCUCAGCAUCCCGCUGCAACUGCUCUGGGCAACUGCUCUGGGCAAGCCCGGGGGCUGUGCCCGGGGGCCGUGCCCGGGGGCCGUGCCUGACAGGUGUGCCCGGGGGCUCGCCUGCCAGGCCCAGCCUCCUCGUCAGCAGCAUCUGCUGCCCCCGGCAGCCUUUGGAGACGAGCCCCAGGUCCCUGUCCCGGGGUCACCGGCCUGCGCGGGGCCUGGUCCCCUCUGCGGCACGGUCCAGGGGACAGGACCCCGCCGCUGGCCGCCCCCUGCGGAGAGCCAGGGGUCCCUGCCGCCCCCCCUGGCCCUGGCCAGCCCCAUCACGUCAGACGAGGAGUACCUGAGCCCCCUGGAGGAAUUCCCAGCGUCCGGGACCCCCCAGCACCGGCUGGCCGGGAAGCUGCAGCACAAAGUCGACCUCGGCGCCGCCCGCAGCCCCGUGGAGACCAACUUCAAGGCUGCCCCCACCUUUGAGCUGGCUCUGUGUGACCAGUCGGUGCUGGAGGGGCAGGACGUCAGCAUGAGCAUCCGGGUCCGGGGCGAACCCAAACCCAUCAUCUACUGGCUGAGGAACCGGCAGCCGGUGAAGGUGGGCCGGCGGCUCUCCGUGGCGGAAGGGGAGGGCGGCGCCUGCACCCUGCACAUCCUGGCAGCAGAGCGCGCGGACGCCGGCUUCUACGCCUGCAAAGCCAUCAACGAGUACGGCACCAAGCAGUGCGAGGCCAAGCUGCAGGUCCGAGCACACCCCGCGAGCCAGGCGCUGGCCGUGGUGGCACCGCUGCAGGACGUGACGGUCGGGGCCGGGGAGCUGGCGCUCUUCGAGUGCCUGGUGACGGGCCCGCCGGACCUGGAUGUGGACUGGCUCUCACGGGGGCGGCUGCUGCAGCCCGCCCUGCUCAAGUGCAAGAUGCACUUUGACGGGCACAAGUGCAAGCUGCUGCUCACCUCCGUGCACGAGGACGACAGCGGUGUCUACACCUGCAAGCUGAGCACGGCCAAGG